UAUGAUCUGUACUCAUUCCCCGAGAUUCACUUGUCAAAGCAGCAAUGGCAACUAAGUUGGUAGUAGUACUCGCCGCUCUGGUCGCCGUGGCCCACAGCUCAGUGGUGCCAGUGGCCCAGGUCGCAGCAGCAGACACCGACUACACAAGCUUCGCUUACGAUGUGGCAGACCCCUACACUGGUGACUACAAGAGCCAAGUCGAAACACGCGUCGGCGGUGUUGUUAAAGGACAAUACUCGCUGUUGGACGCUGACGGUACCAAGCGCACUGUGGACUACGCUGCAGAUGAUGUUAAUGGAUUCAACGCGGUUGUGCGUAAAGACCCCGUUGUUGCUGCCGCUCCAGUAGCCGCAGUAGCUCCCGCAGUUGUCACCGCUCGUACUGUUGCCGCGCCUGUUGUUGCUUCUGCCCCAGCUGUCUAUGCAUCUGCCCCAGCCGUUGUUGCAUCUGCCCCUACUGUUGUUGCAUCUGCCCCAGCUGUGGUUGCUGCCCGCACUUACGCCGCUCCCGGUUACUACGCUGCGUCUGCCCCGGUAUACGCUGCCCGUACUUACGCCGCUCCUUCCAUCUACACCGCAUCCAACCCAGUUGUUACCCGUACUGUUUCUGCUCCUGCGGUCUAUGCUUCAUCUUCCCCAGUCUACGCUUCUUCUUCACAAGUCUACGCUGCCUCGUCCCCAGUCUACGCUGGUUCUGCUCCAGUCUACGCUUCCCGUAUUGCCACUCCUACAUAUUACGCAUCUGCCCCAUCAGUUGUAGCUGCCCAAACUUACGCUGCACCAAGCGUAGUCGCCUCUCCCUCUCUGUACGCCUCAGCCCCCUGGGUACGCAGUUACGCCGCCCCUUACUACAACUCCUACGGAGUAAAGUCCCUCCCCCUUAACUACUGGUGAAUCACAACGAAGCCUUUAUAAGGCCCUAUUUUAUUGCCUUAGUAUAAGCCGUACGAAACUGCCUUGUAAAUAAUUUUAUUUUGUACAUAUUUAUGCAUAUGUAACGAUGAAAAUGAUAAAUUA